AUGUCCCAGCAAGACCUGCCCGUGGUGACGCCGAAAGAGGAAGCUGAUCAGGCUCUGCCCCAGCGCUCUGCUUCCGAGUCCUCAUCUGACUGGUGGUGGCACCGUCGUCAUUGGGCUUGGGCCCGUCGACACCGCCGCUAUUACUCCGGGAAGUAUGGGUACUCCUAUGGGAAGCCUACGACCACCGAGCCGCCAACGACCACCGAGCCGGAUGUCACAACGAGCACCACGACCUCGACGUCGAGUGCCAGCAGAGCCCCGGAUGUUGGACCCGACCCUUUUGACAGAAUUCCAUGUCCAGGAGGCAUCAAAGGCCCUGGUGCUCGCUGGCGUGACACUGUCAAUUUGAGAGUUACCGAGUUCCACUUCUACGCAGGCCUGGGUAACCUGGGCGUGGGGAACCGGCGGAACGAUCUUUGCCAGCCCGGCGGCGGUGGCCCGCCAUGCUUUGUUCCAAGUGGGCCUGGCGACACCGGGGAAAUGAAGGUCGAGUACCAGGCUCCGGUAGAUCCAGACCUCGGCUUCGUGAAACAGAACUACAUUUCGUCAAGUGGUACGAAAACAAACACGUUCGGAUCGACGACAGGGCCCGAUAUCUUCUACCAGCCUGCGCCGUGUCCGAAAGCGCCACAAGAUCGACCCGUUGGCUGCUUUCCCGGGAAUCCGGGCAAUGUGACGGGCUGCAACGCGACCAACUGGGACUCACGCCCCAGUUCAGCCUGCUACGAACCGGAUGGCCUCAACGUUCUGGAUAUUUGGCUCAGGAACCGGGCAUGCCGCGCAGGUAUCUUUACCACCCUCACCGAGGUUCAGGUUACAUUGGACGGAGUGACGACGAACCUUACGGAUGUGGGGCCAAUCCCAGACUGCGAUGCGAGCUCUGACCUGCGAGUAUGCUUUUACGUGCCCGGGUUCGGCACCGCAUCCAAUUGGGUUGCGAACGCCAUCUACAACUUCGGAGCCGUGAGCCCACAAUGUGUGGCCGUGGCCACCGAGAAAGGGCUCAAUGUGACGGAAGCAUGCUUCGACACUGUGCAGGGGCAGUGCCAGACGAUUGCCUCGAAUUCUUCGCAAACGGCACGGGGGGUUUGCGGUUCGUCGACGGAGCUGAACAGUGUGGACAUCCAAGCCCGGCAGUUUACGGGUGUUUUCUAA